CCCUCCGUCGGUCCCGUCCUGCAGAAGCAUGUCCCGUCGGAAACAGAAACGACCCCAGCAGCUUAUGAACCAGACCCUCGGUGCCUCUCGGAUACUUGAGCAUGAUGUCCAGUUGGCAGUGAAGUCACACUCCUUUCCAUUCAUCACGGAUUCUCCCUCGUCCUCUCCAUCCUCCUCUCCUCAGAAUUCCCAGCUGCCCCUUGCACUUCGUCCCUCUUUCAAGGGCACUCAGACCCCUUCUUUACCCACUGAGGGUCCACCACUUUCCUGCUCACCCAGCCAGCCCUCCUCGUGUCACCAACAUCCCCUCAAAGACGCCCAGUCCACCCUCUCCCCUGACUUUCCUCACACCUCUCUCUCCUCCCAAACGCACCAUCCACUUUCCCUCUCUGAUUGCAAUCCCACAUCCUCUACAAGUGGCCUCAUCCACAUCCCCCACAGCACCCAAAUGGCCUCUCCCAAGUUGGGGGUGUCAGUCACCACCACCACCUCUUCCUCCUCCACGUCUUCCUCUGCCUCCCUAUGUCCUCCACCCCACCCUGGCAGUCCUAGCCCUGUGCCAGAGGGCCCACCUAGCCCUGUCACCCCGACCCCCAGCCCAGGAGUGACCUCUGCUGCAGCUGCUCCCUCUAGGGCACAGCUGAGCAUUGCCCUGAUCCUGGAGGAGCUGCGGGUGCUGCAGCAAAGGCAGAUACACCAGAUGCAGAUAACAGAAGAGAUCUGUAGACAGGUGCUCCGCCUGGGCGGGGCUUCAUACACCAUAAACACCCCAGCGCAGCAUCUUGUCCCUCCUCUGCCUCAGCUUUGCUUGGAGGGCAGUGAAAGAGCCUCCAGCCCAACACCCCAACUCACGGCUGCUCAACCUUCCACUUCUGUAGCCCCUCUCUUGGCAUGUUUCUCCUCCCUGCUACCUUCUCAGACAACCUCUAAGCCUGCUAAGCCCAACUACCCCUUGUCUCAAAUCCUGCAGCCCCACAAACCCCAGAUGGAAGGUGCAGGAGGGACUACAGGGGCUGCCAGUUUCCCAAGAGUCAGUUCUCACUCCUCAGCACCUUCCACAUCUUCCUCUGCCAUCUCUAGUAUGACCUCCUCUAACUAUCCUUUAGCCCUAUCGUUGGCCCUGCCCAGCCGCUAUCUUCAUGAGAAAUCUCCAAAUACCACUUCAGCCAGUGGUCACAGUGGCCUGUCCUUCCUAAGCCCAUCCCUCUCCACAUCAGUAUCCACUGUCCCACCCUCUCAGCAUGCUCUGCAGUCUGUUUCUGGAGGAGGACCUUCAGCAGGCUCCUCAUCUGCAUCCAGCUCCUCCACCUCUGGCCGCCUGCAGCAUGCCUGUCGCUUCUGUGGGAAGAUGUUCAGCAGUGACUCAGCGUUGCAGAUACAUUUACGCUCGCACACGGGAGAACGACCCUACCAGUGUCCCGUGUGUCUCAGCCGCUUCACAACACGAGGCAAUCUCAAGGUGCACUUCCUACGCCACCGUGAGCAAAAUCCAGAGCUAUCCCUUUCCCUGCUGCCACCAUCUUUAUUUGGGGUAGGAUUAGGAGCCACUGGAGGACCAGAUCUGGGACAGUCCAUGAGCAGUAGUAACAGCAGUAGUGGCAUCAAUAUGAUUCAGAAGAGGCGUAAACGCAGGCCGGAGGAUGAACCAUAUGGAGAUAGUAUGGAGGUCAGUGGAGCCAGUAGUGGCUUCUCUCUUGGGGCCUCAGGAGGACCUACUCCUUCUACUCUACCCCUGCCCCCUAGUGUUGACCUGGCUUUGAUUUCCCACUCCCUCCUGCAGCUCAAUAGGGCCGCUGCUGCAGCCGCUGCAGCCUCCAUUGCCUCUGCUUCAUCUCACUCAUCCUCCUCUUCUUUAGCAUCCUCCUCCUCUCUGGCUUCCUCACUCCUUUCCAACCCCUCCCUAUCUUCCUCAUCCACCAUCACAGGAUUAUUCAAGGGAGCCAAGCAGCAACACUUUGAUGAGAACACCCCCCCACAUGCCCCCAUACUUCCUCCUGCAGCCUACUCCCAGCUAGCCCAUCUGCCUAAGCUCCUCUUCCCAUCUGCCUCUACCCCCUCCUCUUCUUCUUCCUCUACUUCUUCUUCUUCUUCACACCAUUCAGCUUUGGGCCUGCUACGCCCCCCACCUCCCUCUACUCCAAGCUCACACCACCUUGGUUCUUCAACUCACUCUCAGCUGUCUUUCCCUUUCUCCCCUUUUCCUAAAGUCCCCGGUCCGUCCACUUCUAGCUCAUGCUCCCUGCCUUCCUCCAUUGCCUCCACCCCUACAUCUGACACCUCCAAGCUGCAGAGACUAGUGGAGAAGCUUGAAAAGGAGCCUCCCCACUCCUCUUCUCCAUGGGCCUCUUCCUCAACUUCCAUUUCCAUGGGUGAGAUAUUAGCUAGCAGUACAACUACCUCUUCAGCAGGUUCAGUCAGCAGUGGCCUCACAAAUGCCAGCACUUCUACCACCUAUGUAAUGGCCUCCCCACCAUCCUCCACUCCCGCCCCCACCUCCAUGUCAAGCUUCACCCGUGAAAUGGUUGCUGCCUUGGGCCUGAGUGCAAAUGGAGCUAGUGCCCUGGCAGGAGGCAUGCUACCAUCACUGAACAUUUUGGGUGCAGCAAGUAACUUAGCGACCAACCAGUGUGGGGUGUGUCUACGGGUGCUGAGCUGUCCCAGGGCGCUACGGCUACAUCAGGCUACCCACCUUGGAGAACGCCCUUUCCCAUGUAAGCUGUGUGGACGCUCCUUCUCUACCAAAGGCAGCCUGCGGUCACAUCUAGCCACUCAUCGGGCUCGACCACCCAAUGCACGUGUCCAGAACUCUUGCCCAUUGUGCCAGCGUAAGUUCACCAAUGCCCUUGUGCUCCAGCACCACAUUCGUUUGCACCUUGGUGGGCAGCUGCCACCUGAUGACACAGAGGAGUCUCUACCUGAGAUACCAGCUGAAUCUGAUGUCAAACCUCUGUCACAGCCUCAGUCCCAGCUCACUGACCAACCCAGUGCCCCAAGUAAAACACCUCCUCUAGCUGCACCCAGCAAAUCCAAGAGCCCUGCUCCAUGCGCGCAAUUUCAAAGCCCAACAGUGGGCUCUACCCCUGUCUCAGCCGGUAUAACAUCAAUGGAGUGCCCCGCAAAUGCCAGCAAAUCCAGGCCCUCCAGCCCCGACCUGAUCCCUCCAUCUGACCUGAGCCCAGACCCCUUCUUGAAUCCCAGCACACAAACCCCUCCUCCAGGCAGUGUGGACCCCCCUGUUCUGUGUGUGAGUGCCCCCUCCCCAGCCUCUCAGCAGGAAGACAAAGAUUCCCCAGUUGGCAAAGACAAACAAGCCGAACAGCUAGCCACUGCUAAUGUGCAUCUCCCUAAGUCCAACCCUUUGCCUACUUCCUCCACUGUUGCCAAAACCACAGUGUCGUCUAAUGUUGUGAUAUUGGACAGUCCAGAAGGUGAAGCCUCUACCUCCUUUGAUGCCUUCCUCCCUAGUUCUAGAUCAAACCUAGAGGACUUACUAAGCACACCUGACUGUGGCGCCUCCUUUGCCCACUCCUGUCCCAGCAGCAUCUCCUCCUCUACCCCCAUCCUGAGUCAAGAACCCCUUAACACUCAUGUAGCAUUAACCCUGGAAUCAGAGCUUCCCCCAAGGCUCCAAUCUCCUGGACCCAUGGAGGAAGACAAAGUCCAAUCCCCUCCACCAGCAACACCAAAGCAAGACCAAGCAACUGUGCCUGAAGAGGACCCCAAAAUGACAUCUCCUCUAGAGACUGCAGACACUAGCAGUACUGAAGUAAGGGUCACAUCACAGAGUGCUGCAACUUUUGUUAGGGAGACACGUCAGAGCCUUCAUUUUUGCUCGUAUGGGAGAGAAGACAGGGUUGAAAAUGUUAAAGUGAGUGGAUCUGCUGCCAGUGAACAGCUGGACUCUUCAGCCUCCAUAAGCCUCGUCCCAGCACUUCCUCCUCCAAUGUCUCGUUCUGAGAAAAAGACCUACUGCUGUGCUGAGUGUGGGAAAGAGUAUGCCAGCCGCAGUGGACUGAAGGGGCACAUGAAGCACCAUGGUGUAGUGACCAAGCCAACACGUCCACCAGCCCGGAGUAGUCGUUCUUCCUCUGACCGACAUCCUGCUUCCACACCUACAACUUCCUCCAAUGUUCCUGCCACCAGGAGUUCAGCGAGCUUCUGGAACCAAUACCAAGCCUUUCUCAACACCAACACCGAACCAAGUGAUGACCCUACCCAGGGCCCAGCCACUGGCAGCCAAGCAGAAAAUGUGGAGACACCACGGCUGGCAAAAUCACCUGCUAGAUCUCAGACGGACCCCCCCGCUGGGAGGGUUCAAGAGGAGAACGUGGAAGAGUCUAAUGAAGGGUCAAACCUCGAGUCAGUGUGACUGGCUGGAUGAUGUUCUGGUGUUUUCAAUCAGUGUUUACCUUUUGGUGAAACUGUAUAGACUUUUGCAUAGUAUUGCUUCCUAAAUACAUUUCAAGUAGCCUGUCAGUUUGGUAGUCAGAGUAAUUUGUAUGUAUGUGGAAGUUGUGUACCAACCAGCUUGGUCUUGUGUUUUUUGUUUUGUUUUUGUUUUUUUUAAAGGAAGCAGAUGUAGUAUGAAAAAAAGAUGAGAAUAAUAAAAAACUAAUGAAGUAAGUCCAGUUAUUGCUGGAUUUGUAGAGAAGUAAGACCUCCUUUCUCUGGCUGAGGUUGUUAAUAUGGUGACGCAAAUUCUAACAAAAGUGUGUAUUUGGAUAUGAGGAAAGAGUAUCCCUGUGGUAUCAGUGUCUCAUAUCAGACCUGGGUCCAAUAAGUUUUAAUGUUUGUUUGAACUUACAAGACCUUACCAAGAACAUCUUAACAAAUCACAGUCAUCUUACUUGUAAAUCACAGAAAAGUAUACUACAAGAAUAUUUUCAAAUACCUUGAUGUGAUUAUCUAGACACUCUGGCACUCACUUUAUUGUCUUAUGUGGCAAAUUUUAUCCCGUUGACGCCAAAGAAGACCCAAGCAACCCAUAAAAAAUUGUAAAUGGUAUUCGGCCCAGGUCUGCUUCAUAAACAAACAAUUCUUUCCUCAAAAUUGGAAAUAGGAAAUUAACAGGAAGGAGGUAAGCCAGUGAAGCAAAAUUAUGCUGAGUCAGGCCAAACAAGGCCAGCGAAUUGGAUGUAUUUAUGUGGACAGUAUUGAGUCUCUUGUCCCCCAUCUUGUGGUUCAGAUAAUCUACUCUUUCAUGUCAUCGUGUUUUACUUUUCAAUAUAUCUUCCAGUCAGCACAGAAGCACACAGGCACUGUUUGUCAACCCAGUGAAGGCAGGGUCUUUUGUGUGACCUUUGCCCUUUAGCAUUGUGAAUAAUAUGAUUGUUGUUUGGUCCAAACGUAAUGUCUGUAACACACCACCACUCACUAAUUAUUUUUGUUCAUGUUGUAUCUUUAUAUAUGAAAAAAAAAAGGAACCAGAAGUAUAUGUCCGUUUGUUGUAAGCUGUACCUUCGGUAUCGCAAAAUGUUACA